AUGCCGUCUAUUAUCCAGCAUGCCCUCGCCUGGGAAGCAAUCGCCAACGGUGUCUUCUCUGUCGCUUCUAUUCUUUUCCCUGGCCGAUUGCUCUCCUCUUUGGUGGCGUUGGAGUCAGUCCCCAAUAGCACGAGUGCUAUGUUCAAGUUCUUCGGUGCGACGAUGCUCGGAAUGUCAGCAACCAUGGUUCUGUCUUUGCCGGAUUCCACAGACGCUGCAGCGAAACGGAAAUUAACAUACGCAUCAUGCGCGGUUAUCGAGAGCGCCCUCGUAUCUGUUGUCCUCUGGCAAACUAGCCGGCCGGAAACUAGUGGAUUUACCUUCAUUGGGUUGUUAUCGCUCUUGGGCUCAGUAGUGCCGGUACUCGUUUGGCAUUUGUACGUGCUGCUCUCGAAACCUCACUGGUUCGAGCCUGAGUCUGCAUGUGUGGCAGAAGGUAAAGAUAUCAGGUCUCCGAAGAAAGGCGUUGUGAUUAAAUAG